AUGAGCAUGAUGCAGGACGAGACGCUUCAACCGGAUGUCAUCACGUACAGUGCCGCGGUCAGUGCUUGUGAGAAGAAGGGGCAGUGGCAGGCGGCGCUGCUCCUGCUUUUUGAGUUGGAGGGAGCAUCUGGUCGCGCAGACAUGAUUUUGGCCUCCUCCGCCAUCAGCUCUUGUGAGAAGCGGAGUCAGUGGACGAUGGCGGUCUUCCUGCUGAUGUCAAUGUUGAGCUCCGGCUUGAAGGCAGAUGGCAUCAUGUACAACUCUGCUAUCAGUGCCUGUGAGAAGGAGCGGUGGGAGAUGGCUCUCUGGCUCUAUGAGGAUGCUAAGAUCCAGCAGCUGGAGACUAAUGUCCCUUGA